CCUACUCCCUCCUCUCUCUCUCUCUCUCUCUCAUCCCCUUUCUUUUUUAUUUAUGCGAGUUUAAGACCAUUUUACCCUUCUCUGUACGUUUUAAUUGAACAAGAAGAAGAUAUAUAAUAGAAUCGUACUUUAAUUAAUUAGUUUUACGAUGAUGAUGGAAGCUCCGUCGGCGGGAUCGAAGAGGAAGCACGACGAGAAGCUAUACAGAGGAAUCCGCAUGAGGAAAUGGGGGAAAUGGGUCGCCGAGAUUCGCGAGCCCAAUAAGCGCUCCAGGAUUUGGCUCGGUUCCUACUCCUCCCCCGUGGCCGCCGCACGCGCCUACGACACCGCCGUCUUCCACUUGCGCGGCCCUUCCGCCCGCCUCAAUUUCCCCGCCGAGUGCUGCGUCGACGGGGACGGCCGUCUCCUCUCCGCGGCUGAUAUUCGGAAGAGAGCCACCGAGGUCGGAGCGCGCGUGGAUGCCGCCCUGCAGACGGCGGUUGUCUCCUCGCCCCCCGGGCGCGACCCGGAUCCGAGUAAAAACAGGGUUGCUCGGUUCAAGCCCGACUUGAAUGAGUACCCGACUCCGGAAAGCUCCGAGGAAGAAGACUGCUGAUGGGCCGAUCAAGUUUGGCGUGUUCGGGUCUGGCUGACAUUAGCGUUAGCGUUUUUAUCCAAUGGCAACCAUUAGCGUUAGCGUUUCUAGAAUUAAUUUACACUAUUAUAAUUUUAUUCAAUACGCUAAUGCUAAUCGAAAAUGUUGUUCUAAUCAAUCGACCCAUUAAACUGUAAUUAAUUAGUACCAUACGUACGGGGCCACUAAGCUUAAUUAGUUCAUGCAGGAUUAAUCCAAGGG